AUGGAGGACAAUUGUUUCAAUCAAACAGUCUUCUUAGUUACCCUAUUGCUAGCCAUAGCUGCCAGCUCGGUGAGAGGCCAUAGCACUCGAGUCGGGUUCUACUCGAGCACAUGUCCUCGAGCUGAGUCCAUCAUAAAGUCGACCGUCGAAUCUCAUUUCAAGUUGGAUCCGACUAUAGCUCCGGGAUUGCUCCGUAUGCACUUCCAUGACUGCUUCGUACGAGGAUGCGAUGCUUCCAUCCUUAUCGAUGGGCCUAAUGCUGAGAAAACCGCACCGGCAAGCCAGUUCUUGAAAGGAUACAAAGUCAUCGAUGAUGCCAAGUUUCAACUCGAAUGUGAAUGCCCCGGAGUUGUUUCGUGCGCCGAUAUUCUAGCCCUUACUGCUCGUGAUUCCGUAGUUCUGACUAAGGGAACUAGUUGGGCAGUUCCUACAGGGCGUAGAGAUGGAACAGUUUCAAAUGCAUCUGAUACUGAUGGCAAUAUGCCAGGCUUCCAGGAUACCAUAGAUGUGCUAAAGCAAAAAUUUGCAGCAAAGGGUCUCAACACUCGAGAUCUUGUCACCCUUGUUGGAGCGCACACAAUCGGUACCGCUGCCUGCGAAGUCUUCAGCUACAGGCUUUACAACUUCACUUCAACAGGAGCCGAUCCUUCGAUAAAUCCCGCAUUCGUUUCCCACCUUCAAGCACUUUGCCCUCAGAACCGUGACGGGUCAAGGCAGAUCGCACUCGACACUGGCAGCGCUGACAGAUUCGACACUUCUUUCUUUGCAAACUUGAGGGAGGGCAAGGGAAUACUUGAAUCCGAUCAAAGAUUAUGGACUGACGAUUUGACCAAGAAAUUUGUGCAACGUUUCUGGGAGGUUAGAGGGUCGCUUGGAUUAAGCUUCAACGUUGAGUUUGGGAAAUCCAUGGUGAAGAUGAGCAACAUUGAAGUGAAGACUGGAACUAUGGGAGAAAUCCGCAAAGUUUGUUCUAAAGUUAACGAGUACUGA